UUUCGGGCGGCGGCGAUGGCGUACGUUUUCAAUUUACUAUAAAUUAGUUGAACCGAUUUGACACAAGCACAGUUCGUUCGGUUUCAUUUCUUAGUCAACAACUGCCUCCCUUCCAUCCAACCAUGGCAUUCAAAUUCGUGACCUUCUUCGCCCUGAUGGCCGUUGCCCACGCUGGACUCAUCGCUUCCCCAGCUGUGUCCUAUGGCGCUGCUCCAGCUCUGUCCUACGGUGCCCCAGUCCAGCAGCUGGCCUAUGCCGCUCCUCUGGCCAAGACUGUCGUGGCCAAGCAGGUUAUCGCCGAUGAGUAUGACCCCAACCCACAGUACUCUUUCUCGUACGGAAUCUCCGAUGCCCUGACCGGUGACCAGAAGUCCCAGCAGGAAUCCCGCAACGGAGAUGCCGUCCAGGGAUCUUACUCCGUUGUUGACCCAGAUGGCGUCAAGCGUACUGUCGAAUACACUGCUGAUCCGAUCCACGGAUUCAACGCUGUUGUCCACCGCGAACCCCUGGCUGCCAAGGCCGUCAUCGCCCAGCCAGCCAUCGCCAAGACUGUGAUCGCUCAGCCAGCCUAUGCUUCCUAUGCCGCUCCAGUUGCCAAGACCUACGUCUCGCAGCCAGCCUACGCCUCGUAUGCUGCCCCAGUGGCCACCAAGACCAUUGUGUCUCAGCCAGCCUAUGCCUCGUACUCCGCUCCUCUGGCCACUAAGACUAUCGUCUCUCAGCCAGCUUAUGCUUCGUACUCGGCUCCUCUGGCCACCAAGACCAUUGUGUCCCAGCCAGCUUAUGCUUCUUAUGCUGCCCCAGCCACUUACGCCUACCACCAUUAAGGAACUGAAACCGAACCCAAUUGUUACCCAUUGAUUCAUUGUGAUUUAGUAAAAUUUAAAUUUUUGAAUCAAA